AUGUCUGAUCCCAGUUCUAUCAAUGGAGGUGCAGCCGUUGCAAUGGUUGGUAAAGAUUGUGUGGCCAUUGCCAGUGACUUAAGAUUGGGGAACCAAAGUUUAGGGGUUAGUAACAAUUUUGAAAAGGUGUUUCAAUUUGGAGAUAAGACGUUUUUAGGAUUGACUGGAUUGGCAUCUGAUGUGACUACAUUAUCGCAAGUGUUCCGAUUAAAGACGAAUUUGUAUAAGUUAAGAGAGGAAAGAUCCAUUGAACCCCAAACUUUUGCCAACUUGGUUAGCUCUACAUUGUAUGAGAAGAGAUUUGGGCCUUAUUUCAUUGGUCCUAUUGUUGCAGGGUUAGAUUCUAAGACCGAUAAGCCAUUUAUAUGCGGAUUUGAUUUGAUUGGGUGUAUUGAUUUUGCUAAAGAUUUCAUCGUUAGUGGUACCGCCAGUGAUCAAUUGUAUGGGAUGUGUGAAUCCCUUUAUGAACCUAAUUUGGAGCCCGAAGAUUUGUUUGAAACUAUUUCACAGGCCUUGUUGAAUGCCGUUGAUAGAGAUGCAUUAUCUGGUUGGGGAUGCGUGGUGUAUGUGAUUACUAAAGAUAGGGUAGUCAAGAGAGUAUUAAGAACUCGUCAAGAUUAG